AUGGACAUCACGACGUUUGUGGUUGCGGCGCGCAACCAGGCGCUCCUCUACGGCGACUAUUCCACUUACCACUCGCAGCUCGCCAAGAAGCUACAUAACUGCCGCAAGAAGCUUGGUAUCAUCACAAAGAACCGCGGCAAGUUCACCAACAAGUCUCCAGUGACUGCAGCGCAAAUCUCGGAGAACCAUGAGUACCUCCAUCUCUUGCUCCUGACCGCCGAAAGAGACUGGGCACAGGCUAUGCGCUACAAGGCUAUCCAUGCCGCCGAUACGAAAGCGAUCACUGGGCGCACUCGGUCGCACAUCAUCUCAAGGCUGGAUAAAGGCGCCCGCACCGCCAACCUUCUUGUAAAGUUGCUAUCGGAUACGUCUGCGAGCGAUGCUAGCCCUGUCGACCUCCUGGAGGCUCGUGCAUAUGCGUCGAUGGUGCAAGGAGCUACGGAAUUCGAAAAGCAGCACUGGGAAAGCUGCGUCCAGAGCUAUGCGACAUCAAGAAUUAUCUACACGGCUCUGGCGCCUGCGUUCAAGACAGACAUCAUCAAGGAUCUCAUCGCCGAGACAAUCGACCCCUCGAUCCGUUAUGCCGCAUACCAAAACAAGAUCCCCCGGACCAUGGCCAUACCUACCAUUGCUCGCAAGGCAUUCCCGAUGUCGGACAAGGCACUGGUAGAGCAGGUGGAUGAGCUGGAUCCUAACUUGCUGAAGCAGAGCGGUUCUGAUGCCCAGCAAGGUCAAGUCGGAGCUCCCAAUGCCCCGCAGACAAUUACCUGGAGGUCACGCGAGGUCAAGAUCGAGGAUGCCGCGAUUGCUUUGGCACUUGCUGCAGCCGAGACUGCGACCAAGGCUCUGACAGACAAGCUGGCAUCUGGCGAUGCUGUCCUGCCGAAAGAAAUGGCGGCUGCGUAUGAUGACGUCUUGAUCGCCAGUCAAGACGCCGCAGAUGCUACGAAGCACGCGAUAGACGAGCUGAAGGAAGAGGGUGUUCCGCAGAGCGAUCCUCGCAUACAAAGUCUGCAAAUCACACGCACAGCAGUCAAUUAUCGAAUGAUCAGCUGGAGAAUAGGCCGGAACCGGGUUCUCAGUGGUGAGCACGAUGGUGCGCUGCUGGACUCCGCUCCCAACACUACGCGCAAGUCGAAGAAGGAUGCUAGUGCCCACAAGACCAAGACCGAGACACCAGGGCGCCAGAUCGCCCGCCUCAGAGAGAAGGUUGUAUUGUACGACUCUACGUUGCAAAGUCUCGAGACAAUCGGGGAACUGCCAGGCGUAGCCAUGGAUGAAGAGCUCAACACUAAGCUGGAGGCCACCACACAGUACUUCCAGGCACUCAAGUCUCUUUCGUUGGCUAGAUCGUACUCCCUCAUUGAUGAGUCGGUUAAUGCGCUCGUCUUGACGAAACACGCCUUCGAUCAAGGCCAAAAGUCUGCCUCUGUCCUGGCUAGCAGCGCGGUCACAUCAUCGAAGACCGCGCCACUGGAUAUCGAGAUCCGGAAGGAUGAUGUUAGCUUCCUCCAGGGCCUCCUGCAAGGAGAGCUGCAACGAGCACGGGCCAUUGUGGAGAUCGACAAUUUGAGAAACAAAGCAGGCAACAAGGCUGCGGCGACUACGCCGUUGGUACAGAGGCUUGCGGAAUACCCGACUGGCGGUGUCGAUUUGGAGAAUCUCGUCGCGUACCCUCCAAAGAUCGAGCCGAUCCCAGUGAAACCACUCUUCUUCGAUGUGGCUUGGAACUACAUCGACUACCCCGGCAAAGCAGCAGCCUCACCUGCUAAGGCGACAGCAGCUGCACAGCCAGAGCAAGCUGCUCGUGCACAGAAGAGAGGUUGGUUUGGGUUUGGCGGAAGGUAG